GAGAAGUUCUUGGCGUCGGCCAAGACCCUAAACGUGGGAGGAACCAGUUUCGACAUCAUUUGCAGAUGAUUUACAGACAUGACUUCAGUCCCUAAGUCCAGACUUCAAACGGGUGUGCCGGAACCAAACCGCCGACAGUCGAAUUUCCGCCGGGACGCCCUAGUGUGUUACGACGCAUCGACUGCUUUUGCCUGGAGGAGGCCUAUCAGAAGAGGACCGAGCACCGGGAGGCCAAGGAGAGGAGGCGAGUGAAGGGUUCUCGUAGGGAGGGAGCUUGAGCUGCCGAGAUUCGGAAGGCCGCGCUGGGCCUGCUGAACUAGGCGUCCAGGCGCAUCGCAGAGUUCAGUCAUGUCUGCACACUCGGUGAUGCGCGCCCUGCGCAAGAACAAGACCCUUCGCUACGGCGUCCCCAUGCUGGUGCUGAUUGUUGGAGGCUCUUUUGGUCUUCGUGAGUUUUCACAAAUCCGAUACGAUGCUGUGAAAAUUAAAAUUGAUCCUGAAUUAGAAAAAAAGCUGAAAAUGAAUAAAGUGUCAUUGGAAUCAGAGUAUGAGAAAAUAAAGGACUCCACUUUUGAUGACUGGAAGAAUAUUCGAGGACCCAGGCCUUGGGAAGAUCCUGACCUCCUCCAAGGACGAAAUCCAGAAAUCCUUAAGACUAAGACUAAGGCCACCUAAGCUGAUUCUUUUUCUUUUUUUUUUUAAACAAAAAUGUCAUCAACUGGAAUUCCUGCUACAUAUUCAGUGGGAAGAAAAUUUCAGACCUGCAGAAGCCUGGAUGUGAGUAAUGUGAUGACAGAUAAAAGUCACAGUGACAUCACACAGUGAUUUUAUGUCAAACCUAUGUAGAAAAAUAAUAUUGAUCACAGGCUGAUAAGAG